AGUGCAACACAGCCUGACUGGAUGAGUAGCAACAGCAGCAACAGCAAUAGCACUAGCAGCAUCUCCUUUGUGGCUUGCUGGGGGGCUCGGUCACUAGAGCACCGCGCUCCCGCUCACAGACACACAGGCGCUCCCAGCGCCACCGUCACACACACGUAGUGGCAGUGGCAGUCGUCGUCAGAGCCGGGGCUGGGGCAGGGACAGGGACCGCUACCUUGACGACUGGAGCUACGGCGACAGCAGCUGCGGCACCAUGGCGCAAGCCGCCAAGCAGCUCCGCAAGAACAAGGACCUAGCGGAGCUCGCCGCUCAGGAGCUGAAGGAUAAGGAGGAGGAGAAGAACAAGAAGAGGAAUCGAUCGAGGGACCGCAGACGCAAGGCGGAUGCUGUCACCAGUUUCCUCCGUGCGGCCCGUUCAGGGAACCUUGACAAGGCUCUUGAACACAUCAAGAAUGGAAUAGACAUCAACACAUCAAAUCAGAAUGGGCUCAAUGGUUUGCAUCUGGCCUCAAAAGAAGGCCACGUCAAGAUGGUCCUGGGGCUACUACACGCAGGCAUUGUCUUGGAGACCACCACUAAGAAAGGGAACACUGCCCUCCAUAUCGCUGCGUUGGCAGGCCAGGAGAAAGUGGUGGCUGAGCUCGUCAACUAUGGAGCCAACGUCAAUUCCCAGUCACAGAAAGGCUUCAGUCCCCUCUACAUGGCUGCACAAGAGAACCACUUAGAGGUAGUUAAGUUCCUGUUAGAGAAUGGAGCCAAUCAGAGCCUUCCAACAGAGGAUGGGUUCACGCCGCUGGCGGUGGCUCUCCAGCAGGGUCAUGAGAACGUGGUGGCUCUGCUCAUCAACUACGGCACCAAGGGCAAGGUCCGUCUUCCCGCUUUGCACAUCGCUGCACGCAACGACGACACACGGACUGCCGCAGUGCUGUUGCAGAAUGACCCUAACCCCGAUGUCCUCAGCAAGACUGGCUUCACUCCUCUCCACAUCGCGGCUCACUAUGAGAACCUGAGUGUGGCCCAACUGCUAAUAAACAGAGGCGCCAAUGUCAACUUUACUCCCAAGAAUGGUAUCACCCCCCUGCACAUAGCUUCUAGGAGGGGUAAUGCGAUCAUGGUUCGGCUUUUGCUGGACAGAGGGGCCCAGAUAGACGCCAUGACCAAGGAUGAGCUGACCCCUUUGCACUGUGCGGCCAGGAACGGUCACGUGAGGAUCAUCGAUCUCCUGCUGGACCAGGGGGCUCCCAUCCAGGCCAAGACCAAGAAUGGACUGUCCCCCAUCCACAUGGCGGCCCAGGGAGACCACAUGGACUGUGUGAGGCAGCUCCUUCAGUACAACGCUGAGAUCGAUGACAUCACGCUGGACCACCUGACCCCUCUACACGUGGCGGCCCACUGUGGUCACCACCGCAUGGCCAAAGUGCUGCUGGACAAGGGGGCCAAGGCCAACGCACGUGCACUGAAUGGGUUCACUCCCCUCCACAUUGCCUGUAAGAAGAACCACAUGCGCUCCAUGGACCUGCUUCUGAAACACUCGGCCUCCCUGGAGGCCGUCACAGAGUCUGGUCUGACCCCCCUGCAUGUAGCAGCCUUCAUGGGCCACCUGAACAUUGUGAAGAACCUGCUCCACAGAGGUGCUUCUCCCAAUGCCUCCAAUGUGAAAGUGGAGACGCCCCUCCACAUGGCGUCCAGGGCAGGCCACUGUGAGGUGGCUCAGUUCCUGCUGCAGAACACAGCCCAGGUGGACGCCAAGGCUAAGGAUGACCAGACCCCUCUGCACUGUGCGGCCCGUAUGGGACAUAAGGAGCUGGUCAAGCUGCUCCUGGAGCACAAGGCCAAUCCUGACUCGGCCACCACCGCUGGCCACACCCCCUUACACAUCGCCGCUCGUGAGGGACACGCCCACACCACCCGCAUUCUCCUGGACGGGGCGGCCCAACAAACCAAGAUGACAAAGAAAGGCUUCACUCCUCAUGUGGCCUGUAAGUACGGCAAGGUGACGUGGGUCGAGCUGCUGCUGGAAAGAGGAGCCAACCCCAACGCGGCUGGGAAGAACGGCCUGACUCCUCUACACGUGGCCGUCCAUCACAACAACCUGGACGUGGUCAGCUGCUGCGUCAGCAAGGGAGGCAACCCCUGUGUCUGUCUACAGAAUGGCUACACUCCCCUGCACAUUGCAGCCAAGCAGAACCAGGUGGAGGUGGCCGGCUGCCUGCUGCAGUACGGAGCCUCUGCCAACGCUGAGUCCCUCCAGGGGGUCACGCCCCUCCACCUGGCCUCCCAGGAGGGCCGGCCGGACAUGGUGGCCCUGCUCAUCUCCAAACAGGCUAACGUCAACCUGGGGAACAAGAAUGGACUGACCCCUCUGCACCUGGUGGCCCAGGAAGGUCACGUAGGGAUAGCAGAUACCCUGGUCAAACAGGGGGCAUCAGUCUACGCAGCCUCACGGAUGGGCUACACAGCGCUUCACGUGGCCUGUCACUAUGGCAACAUCAAGAUGGUGAAGUUCCUCCUGCAGCAGCAGGCUCAUGUGAACAGCAAGACCAGAGUGGGCUACACUCCCCUGCACCAGGCCGCCCAGCAGGGUCAUACUGACAUAGUCACCCUGCUGCUCAAACACGGAGCCCAGCCCAACGAGAUCACCACCAAUGGGACCUCUCCUCUGGGCAUUGCCAAACGACUUGGUUACAUCUCUGUCAUUGAUGUGCUGAAGUUGGUCACCGAGGAGGCCGUUUCCGUGAUCACCACAGAGAAACAUCGGAUGAGUUUCCCGGAGACAGUAGAUGAGAUAUUGGAUGUUUCAGAGGAUGAGGGCGUUGCAGCGCUAACGUUAGGUGAUGAGUUGCUGGGGAUGGAUGGUGCUCGCUACCUGAAGCUUGACGACCUCAAGGACCAGGAUGAUGAUUUCCUGUCCCCUAAGAAGACCCUCAGAGACUUUGAGGGCGGCCUGGGCACCACGCCCUACUCUCCUGCUAUUCCCAGAAUCCCAUGUGUGUCCCCUGAAACUGUCCUGCUUGAGGGGCACACCCCUGUCCCCUUGCCUAAGGAGUAUGAUGAGGACUCUCUGAUCCCCAGCAGUCCUGCUACAGAGACCUCCGACAAUGUUAGCCCAGUGGCCAGCCCCAUACACACAGGGUUCCUGGUCAGUUUCAUGGUGGAUGCCCGAGGGGGCUCCAUGCGUGGCAGCAGACACCACGGGCUGCGUGUCAUCAUCCCCCCUCGGACCUGUGCUGCCCCCACCCGCAUCACCUGUCGUCUGGUCAAACCCCUGAAACUCAACACCCCACCCCCGCUGGUAGAGGGAGAGGGGCUGGCCAGCCGUAUCAUCUCCCUGGGGCCCUCCAGUAUGCAGUUCCUAGGGCCAGUGAUAGUGGAGAUUCCCCACUUCGCUUCUCUGGGUCGAGGGGACCGGGAGCUGGUUGUUCUGCGCAGUGAGAACGGCUCUGUCUGGAAGGAGCAUCGCAAUCGCUAUGGCGACGAGGUGCUCGAGACCAUUUUGAAUGGCAUGGAUGAAGACCUGGAGAGUCACGAGGACUUGGAGAAGAAGAGAAUCCGCCGCAUCAUCUCCACGGACUUCCCCCUCUACUUCGCUGUGGUGUCCCGCGUCCAGCAGGAGAGCGACCUGAUUGGCCCAGAGGGCGGUCAGCUGGCCAGCAUGCUGGUCCCUCAUGUCCAAGCCAUCUUCCCUGAGACAGCGGUCACCAAGAAAGUUCGACUGGGGCUGCAGGCUCAGCCUAUCCCAGACGAGCUUCUGACUCGACAGCUUGGUAACCAAGCGACCUUCAGCCCAGUGGUCACGGUCGAGCCACGACGACGCAAGUUCCACCGGCCAAUAGGAUUACGCAUCCCGCUGCCCCCAUCUUGGAGGGAGAGUCCACGUGACGCUGGGGAGGGGGACACCACCAGCCUGCGCCUCCUCUGCAGUGUCAUUGGUGGAACAGCACCUGCCCAGUGGGAGGACAUCACUGGCACCACCAAGCUGAUGUACACCAACAACUGCGCCAACUUCACCACCAACGUCUCUGCAAGGUUCUGGCUGGCAGACUGCCCGCGCACAGCCGAGGUGGUGACCUUCGCCAACCUGCUGUACCGGGAGCUGAUGGCCGUGCCCUACAUGGCCAAGUUUGUAAUAUUUGCCAAAAUGAACGAGGCCCGCGAGGGCCGCCUACGCUGCUACUGCAUGACCGACGACAAGAUGGACAAAACCCUGGAGCUGCACGAGAACUUCAGCGAGGUGGCACGGAGCAGGGAUAUAGAGGUGAUGGAGGGCAUGCCGCUGCACCUGGAGUGCUCUGGGAACCUGGUGCCUGUGAGGAAGGCCACUCAGCAGCCACGCAGCUUCAGCUUCCAAGCCUUCAGAGAUAACAGACUGCCUGUCUCUGUCAAGGUCAGAGACAGCAAUAAGGAAGCCUCUGGGUUCCUUUCUUUCCUGCGGAAGUCUACCAAGUAUGAGGAUGCACAGCACGUGCUGUGUAACCUCAACAUCACCAUGCCACCCUGUGUCAAGGUUGUUGGGAGUGAGGAACGGAGGCGAACUCUGACCCCGUUGGCCCUGAGGGAGCGCUACAACGCACUGAAUGAGCCCGGUCUGGCUACAGUGAAUGCCAUGGAGAGGACCGAGCUCAAGAUCUCCCUAAUAUCUGAACAGCUGGGAUUGAGCUGGGCAGAGUUGGCAAGGGAGCUGCAUUUUGGUGUGGAUGACAUUAACAGAAUCAGGGUGGAGAAUCCUAACUCCCUCCUGGACCAGAGUUCAGCCCUACUCAACCUGUGGGCUGGCCGGGAGGGCAAGAGGGCCAAGAUGGAGAGUAUAUAUGUAGCUUUGAAGAACAUUGACCGUUCAGACAUUGUGAGUUCCGUGGAGGGCCAGCCACAGGCAGGGGCUGGGGCCUCAGAGGAGGGGGCCUGCAGACUGGUUGACCACGACUCCACCCUGCUCUCCCCCAGUGUUAUCAAUGGUUACGGACUUGUGCAGGAAGAGCUGCUCUCCCCAGCCUCCAUGCAGUACAGUCUGCCCUCUCCACUGGGAGCUGAGCCCUACUGGCAGGAGGUCUCCAGCCUGGAGUGUGCACCCAUCGCCACCACUGAAGAAGACACCCUGAUGGAGAUGUCAGACGUGCAGGUGUGGCCCUCGGGGGUCAGCCCCUCCCUUGUCACAGUGGAGGACUCGUCCCUGGAUGGCAGCAGCCGGGCUGACGACUCAGAGGGGGCCACCCUGUCCCUGCCCUGCAGCCUGGGGCGCCCCAGCAGUGGGGCCAGUGGCUCCAUCAUGGAGCUGGAGGAGGAGGAAGAGGAGGAGGAGGAAGGGGAAGUAGAGGAGGAGGAGGAGGCGCGGCAGGAGCUGGCGGACAGGGACAGGGUGAGGGCCAGCGGCGCCGUGCCAAAGGUCAACCUGAAUGGCCAGCUGGGAGGUCAGAGGUCGGAGGGCAGGAAGGUGGAGGUAGCAGCAUCAGUGGCGGGCAGCAGUAUGACUGGAGGAGGAGCGAGGGGAGGAGGAGGACUAAGACAGAGUUCAGAGGAAGGGCUUUCUGUUGUUGCAGGGCAGCAGGUUUACGCCCAGCUGUGUGAGAUGUCAGGACUGAGCCGAGCAAUGGAGCACAAUGGAGACAACAGGGUGGUUGGGGGCGGUGCGUUCCAGCCGUACCUCCCCAACAAGGACUCCCUGCGCGGCUGGGCAGGGUCGCAGGCGCCCAGGCUGCCCCGGCAGAGUGUGGAGACGCUGAUGAUGUCACCAAGGUCUCGUGUACCCCAAGAGGCUCUGCUGACACCGAUUGAUGCCGAUAAAGAGGACUAUGCUGUUGAGUUCCUGGCUGAGGAGCAGUUGGUGGACGAACAUGGAAACGUUGUCACUAGGAAGAACCGGACAUCCACUGCCAAACCAUCCUCCACAAACAAAAAGCCAGGUGACAGAGGAAAACAGGGAGAAGAUUGAGAGGAGAGGAGACUAGAGAAGACUGAAAGAAGGACUAAGAUCAGCAAACAACAAAUAAAAAACACAAAAUCAUCUGCAGAAUGACCCUGGAUCGCCACAACAAGAGGAAACGAGAAGGAGAUCUACUUGUAGUUUUGUAACAUAAAAAAAAGAUACUUAACUAGAGUAGGGCAUGAUUUUUUCUAUAAAAACUUCAUAAAAUCCAACCAGAAAAAAAGCAACAAAAAAGUGCUUCCUGUCAACUGUAAUUGCAUGAUUGACUGCUGGUGCAUGACCAUUGACCUUUGAACUGUCAUUAUCUACAAACUGAAUUGGUACAUGUUAUGGGGCCGACCCAGGACUGACUGGGUCAGGGACAAGUUUAAGGACCCCCCACCCCCCCAAAAGGAUUGGUUGGUGUUAGCAAGUUGAGUCUGGUAACACUACUGCCAAAAAAGCUAAUAUUUUUUCCGUCUUCAGAUUGCUAUGAUACAGUCAAUCCAAUGCUGAGCUUACCAAUGCUUCAUUCACUUGGACCCUAUUUCCUUGUUAUUCUAUGUGAUAUAUGCACUAUGCUCUGUGGAUGUGUGUCUGUGUGUGUAUGUGUGUGUAUUUCUACCGCAUGUGUUCUCUCGCUUCUGGCUUGGCACUGAGCCGUGUCCUGGUUGGUCAGUGCCCCUGUGAUGUCACGGUGUGCUCAAUGUGGGAAUGAGAAACCCACCGUGCUCCUCUACUCGGGAGCGUCUGUCUGUGUGUGACGUCUUUCCUUUGUGAACGUGCUUCUCGUGUUUCUUUAGCUCUGUUCACCCCAGUUCCACUUUGUCUGGCUUUGAUAGGGACUAGCUUUCUCCCCCUGUUUUAGGAGGGUGUGCUUUAUUCAGACAAUGGGAAUGUUUUUCCAGAUGGGAACAAAAAAAAGUUUGUCGCUUUGAUAGCAUUGCGUGGCAGCCAGUGUAUUCUAACAUUAAUGCCCAACACAUCCCAGAUUUACGGUAGCAUGGGGUCCCCUUCCCCUCCUACCCCCCUCCCCUCUGCCAUGUUGACACCACACUCCUCUCCAUCAACUCCUGUAGCUCCAACUUCAAUCUCUACCCAAUCAGCUUCAUCCACUGCUCUCUCUCUCAUUCUCUCGGUUUGCUGUGGCUGUAGCACCUCACGACAUCGUCCUUUUGUGGUUCACAUUCAAUUGUGCUUUUGAUUUGAGGGGGUGAAGCAGACAGGGGAUUAAUGAUCAGUGUGGAUAGUCAUAUUUAUGGGAAAGAGAUGGAGGUAAAUGUGAAGGUUUAGAUGAGAUGCUAGAGACUAGCAUAGCUAAGCAAGUAAGGACAGACUGACAGAUAGCACUGUGAUCGCCCAAUUUAACACCCUGUUCUGUGAAGUUAUAGACACACACACACACCUCAUAAAUGCAUACACAAACACAUACAUCAUACACACUCGCACAUAUAUUUAAUACACACAUGCACACGCACAUACAGUAAUUCAUUUAUUGUGCUCUAGUUGUUAUGAGAAGCCUGGUCGGACUCAGAUUAUGUACUUUGGUGUCUGCCACAGCAAUAAUAUCAGACAAGGAGGGAUAUAUAUGUAUAUAGAGAUAUAUAUAUGUGUAUGUGUGUGUGUGUGUGUGUGUGUCUGUGUGUACAGUGGGAGGGUGGGUGUUCUGUAUCUGCACAUUAUGGUAGCAUUUAAAGCAUUUCUCUCUCUGAAAUUGGUGCAGACAAAUCAGAAGCAUGCAUGUAUACAAAAGGUAGAAUCCAAGACGGUAUGCAGUUUUCCCCUCACAAAUGUGAUCCUUUCAAUGCAUUCACAAUUGACAUUUCGUAAUGGAAUCUCCUCUGUUCCUCUGACCUUCAUGUUGUUGUAUUAGCAUGGUGGCACUGCCACCUGGUGUUAUAAAGAGGUAUCACAGACUAGAUAACUGGAUCGGAGCAGCAGCUGCUGGGGGGCAAUAUAGUAAAGGUUUCGGGAAAGGAUUUGGUCCAGCACUUAACGUAGCAGAUAUUACCCAGGAUAUGCUAACUUCAUACAUUGAAUCUUAGGAAUGGAUCUCUGAUGGUAGCACUUAUUUACUAUGUAUGUAUGUACUGUGGUUGGAGUGAAUGUGACUAUGAAUGAUUGAGUGAAUAGAUUAGUAACACAUCACAGACACAUUACCUGCCAAUCAGUGCACAUUAAAACCUCAUCUGUUAUGCCACAUUUAUCACAUAUAACUUAUCGUUCACUCUUAUUCAACUCAGGUUUCAGUUCUAGCAGGAUCCAAGUUUUGCCCUGUUUUUGAGUUCAGAGCCCUCUAUAGAAAGAGAACCAUGGGUGUCAACAUGAGUGCUGUGAAUCGUUUGGGUUGUCGGGUAGGGGUGUGUGUGUGUGUGUGUGUGUGUGUGU